AUGCAACAAAGCGCAUUGUUUGAUGAACUAAUGGUACCGAUAUACGACCGCUACAACUUGGUGUUGAAUAUAUUCAAGCGUUUUGCUACGACUAAAGAAGCCUUACUCCAAAUUUCAUUGGCUGAAAUACCAUACAUAAGGUUUGAUUUCGUUUUUUGUUUUACUUGUGAUAUGUUUAACUUUUAGGCAAAGAUUACUUUACUCCGACAAAUACGGAACCUCACGGGACACACUGAAUAUAUCGAGUUCGCAAAUGAUUUCAACGUAAGUGGGGCCUUUUUGAGAUUGUAAUCUUUUAAAAAAUGUUAUACAUUGAAAGGUCAAAAUCAAAAGGGGGUGGAAGAUUUUUGCAAAUCACGCUGCCCCGGCCCUAAAUGUAUUUUUGUUCGUUAAAUUUCGUCUAAUUUUCAAUUUGUGAGUAUAAUUAUAGAAAAGACAAGAUAGAAGUCAUCAGAUUACGCGAACAAAAUCUAAGGAAGAAAAUCAAAGCAACAAUAGAAGAAAAAACAAAUGAGGUAGAACUACGAAAAACGCAUGAAGAGAAACGAGCUUCAAAAGUUUUACUAGUUGCUGUGAUUGGCUACACAAAUGCAGGGAAAACAUCUUUAAUCAAAAGCCUAACUGGAGCUGCUCACAUUUGCGGAGAAAAUAGACUAUUUGCUACGUUGGAUACGACAAUACAUCCAGCGUUACUACCGUCCAGGAAUCGUAUAAUUCUUGCAGAUACGAUAGGAUUUAUAUCGGACUUACCAAUUGGACUGAUUGCAUCCUUUGAGGCAACCCUUAGACAUGUAAAAAAAGCGGUAAGCAAGCAUGAAAUGAAUACAAAUAGGCCUUUUAAAUUUAAAAAUGGCAACGGAUGUUUUUACAGAAGGUUAAAAAAAUGUUUCUAUUUUACAUAUAAAAAUACACAUAAAUUCAUUUUUUAGGAUCUACUAGUCCAUAUUCAAGACUUAUCACAUCCUAAUUUAAAAGCACAGAAACAAAAUGUAAUGGAAACUUUACAAGGAUUACAGUUACCAUCCCAUCUACUUGACAAUAUGAUAAAUGUCGGUAACAAGAUCGACAAAUUGUCAAAAUUUGAAGCAGCUACAUUGAUGGAAAACAACGACAACAUGGUGGUGGUAUCCUGUCGAAAAAAAACUGGUCUUUCGCUUUUGGUGCAAAAAAUGGACAGUAUUGUGAAAAAAGUUACUGGGUCUAAAACCAGGCGUUUUAGGCUUAAACCUGGAUCCCAAUUAGCUUCAUAUCUAUAUGCGGAAGGCUUUGUAUCGCAGGUACCAAACACCGAUGACAGCGGUAACUUGAUAUUUGAAGUUCAAAUGACUGACGACCAACUACAUAGGCUACAAUCCCACUUAAAAGGGUCAGGAACAAAAAUUAAACGAUUGGAAGGGACAUAA